CUGGCUGCGUACAGUAUAAAACUCGUCUGCUGGCGCUACGCGCUCCACCAUCCUCCCCUAUCUGCUACGUGCGUUCCGUCCAAACUCCAAGUCAAUCGACAUGUCUCGCGCGCUGGCCCUCGCGAUCCUGCUGCUGGCCGCCACCGUCGCGGUGGCGCCGCUCGCCGGCGCGAUCCCUAUCACGGGGGAAGCCGCCGGUGGCGCCGGGACGCUUGCAGGCGCUGGGUCCGCGAUGGAGUCAGCCGCCGAAAAGGCGGUCAACCCCUCCUCCUUCACCUUUAGCAUGCCCAGCACCGCCGCGGAAGAAUAAUCCACUGUCCGUCCAUCGCCGCGAGUGCGCGUGCGCAUGCACCGCAUGCGUUCGUCUUUUUUAGAAAAGACCAUCAUGGCUAGCUUUAUUGAACUAAAGAAUUGCAUCAUUCAUCAGUUUCGAGACUAACCAGCCAGGAGGCUCGUUCAUCCAACUACUAGUCUUUCCAUAAUCAUAAAGCGCUUGUUGCUUCUGGUUGUAUGUCGUCAGUGUUUUUGCAGAAAAGUCCCUUACGUUUUGAAGAAUCAACCCACAGUCCUUUUUUAACUGGCUAUCUAAGGUAACGUUUCAUUUUUGCAAAAACAUCCAUGUAGUUUAGUAUAUUCAACCCAAAGCCCUUUAAACAAACACAUCACGCCAGAUCCCCUUCCUCUUCCCCACACACGAGCGGGCGCGCCGCCGCUGUCGCCUUCCUCGCGGAGUCCGUGGCCGUAGGAUCCCCUUCCUCUUCCCCAUGCACGAGCGGGCGCACCGCCGCCACUGCCUGCCUCCUUCCUCGCGGAGUCUGCGACUAAGGGAUCGGUUGGGGCGCAUCAGAUCGAGGCCGGCCUUCGGUGGGGUGCAGUGAGCUCGGGGCAGGAGGCAACUCGAUGAAGAGGAGAUGGGGCGUGGCGCUCCCCUCCUGGUGCGACGCACGACGGAAGGAGGAGGGGUUCGUCCCAAGACGGGAGCUGAGGCCGACGGCGCCCUCUACACAAGCCUCACCAGCGGUGCGGCGGGAGAGCUCCGACCCGUCCAUAGGUGCGCCGAUGCAGGGGUCACCGCCAUCUUCGUCAGGCCACAAGAGUACUCUAGUAACAACCACUGGACGGCAGGUGAAUUCUUUGAAGAUGGUAGAGAACUGGAUCGUGAAGCAACCGCGGAAGAAAUGAAGAUGUUGCAAUACAAUGCUCAAGCUUGCGAUAUUCUCUUCAAUGGAUUGUGUCCCGAAGAAUUCAACAAAAUCAGCCGUCUUGAGAAUGCAAAGGAAAUUUGGGAUACUUUGGUUGAUAUGCACGGAGGUACCGAGUCCGUCAAGGAAUCCAAGUUGGAUGUGCUUCAAAGUUAACUUGACAAGUUCAAGAUGAAGGAUGCUGAAGGAGUCACCAAAAUGUACUCUAGGUUUGCUCUCAUCACAAAUGAGAUUGCCGGCUUAGGAAGUGAAGAGAUGACCGACCAAUUCAUCAUCAAGAAGAUCCUUAGGGCCUUGGAUGAAAAAUAUGAUACCGUUGAAGGAAAUAUGCCCUAGAGGCAAUAAUAA